UAAAGCGGUGGAGCAUUUACACUGCCUUCUCUCUCAUCAGCAUCAAACAGCCCUGGACAAACCGAACAAGGGGCCUGGGAGCGGCAUAGGGGAGCCCCUCCCCCCGCAAAGUCUGUGGCAGGACACCCCGCACGCGCAGAUGCCCUGCACUACUAAUGUGCAGCGUUGGGGGCUGGGAUCCCCACCCCAAGAAGAGUUGGGGUGCACACGGGGCGGCGCGCGCCCACACCCGGAGCCCGGCCCGAGCCCGCACCCCCCACCCCCGGCACUGCGGGGAAGGGCGUUUGCAGCCGGCCGGGCCGGGCCGGGCCGGGCACUGCGGGAGGCGGCGGUCGCAGCCCCGCUUGGCCCGGCCCGGCCCGGCCCGGCCCGUGCGCUCCCCCCGCGGGGCCGGGCUCCCUCCCCUCUGCUGCCCGCCGGCUGCGGGGCUCGGAGCGGGGCAGCGCCGGGGCCGGGGCCGGGGCCGGGCAGGAGGCGGCCGGAGCAGAGGGGGAGCCCGGCCGCAGCCGCCCCGCCGCCCCCGGCCCUGCGCCGCCCGCGACCUGCCGGGCUCUUCCCGGCACCCCGGGGGCUCCGGGCCUCCGCCGGCCGCGCUGCCCAGGCUGCCCCGGGGGGUGGCGGGGGCCGCCCGCGCCGGACAAGGACCCCGGCCUGCGUGUGUGCGCGUGUGUGCAUGCAUAUUCCCGCACGCGGGCACGAGGGUGUGCGUCUCUCCAUUCUGUAUGUGCAUGUCAGUGUACAUGUGUCUGUGCGUGCAUGCAUGUGCGUGUGUCUGCGUGCAUGUGCGUGCAUGUCUGUGCAUAUGUGCAUGUGUGUUGAUGUGUGUGCAUGUGCAUGCAUGUGCAUUUGUGUGAGCAUGUCUGUGUGCAUUCAUACAUGCAUGUGCCUGUGUGCAUGUGCAUGUCUGCAUGUGCCUGCCUGCAUGUGCAUGUAUGCUGUUUGUGCAUGCGUGCAUGUCCAUGCAUACAUGCAUGUGUGUGUGCAUGCGCUCCUCUGCAUGUGUGUGUGCCUGUCUGCACAUGUGUCUGUGUUCAUGGCAGAAGAGUAUAUUUGUGUCUGUGUCCAUGUGCAGAGAGUGAGUGCCUACAGUGCGCUCCUGUCUGCAUGUGUGCGUGAGUGUAUGCAUCUGUGUUCAUGGCAUGGAGAGCGUGUUAAUGUGUCCUCAUGCAGAGUGAGUAGAGAGCACACCUGUCUCUGCGUGCGGGCGUGCAUGUGUAUGUGUCUGUAUUCAUGGCAGGGAGAAUAUGUGUGUGUCUGCGUGCCCAUGUGCAGAGAGAUGGUGCGUCAUGAAGGACACGUGCCCACGGCGGUGACGGGAGCACGACGGUGGCGGCGGGAGAGUGGCGGUGCGAAGCGGGAGGUCCCGCAGGUGGCACUGGUGUUGUCAGCAGUCGGAGGGUGGGGGGUGGUGGCGAGCACUGACCAGGGGGCAGCAACCACCCAGAGACCUUGCCAGCAAUGUCGGCGGUGCGUUUUUGUAGGGGGUGCAGUGCCAUGCUCAGGGGGGGCAUGUGUACAUGCGUGCAUCCCUACACAUUGCCCCUGUGGUAAGUAGAGUCACACAAGGAACAAUGGUCACAAACUGACAGAGAGCAGAUUUAGGCUAGGUAUCAGGGAAAACUCCUUCAGAGUAAGGGUGGCCAAAAUUUGGAGUGGGCUCCCAAGGGAGGCGGUGCUCUCUCCCACCUCGGGGGUCUUUAAGAGAGGGCUGGAUAGGCACCUGGCUGGGGGCAUCUGGCCCAGCGCUCCUUCCUGCCCAAGCAGGGGGUCGGACUCGAUGAUCUGUUGAGGUCCCUUCCCACCCUAGCAUCUGUGAAUCUGUGAAUCCGUGCUUAAAGUAUACCAUUUUGUCAGCCUUCAGACCUAGGAGACUUCACAUUUUGUCAUGAGAGCACGCUACCAACAUCCAAGGUGGUUAGCACGUGGGCACUGCUUUAUAGUUAUUUUUUUUAAUGUUUGCAUGAACUGAUCUCCCCAAGCUCACAAAAUGACUUUUUAGUCUUCUACUUCACCUCCCUUUCCCAAACAAGGCCACGGAGCCACUAUAACAAAUGUAUCUUGUGUUUCACUCUUAGUGACAAAAGGGAUUUAUCUAAUCUUCUUAUGCCGCUGCUUCUGUCCCUGGAGUAGCACACCAAGAGAGCAUCGAAUCACCAACUAUGGGACUGGAAGAGACGUCGGGGCCGUCUAGUCACCCCCUGCUCAAGGCAGGAGCAUGCCCUACAAAGCAGUCCAGCCAAGCAUCAACUCUGCUCUUAUGCAUUGGCAAGCAUGGAGAUUGCACAACUCUCUGGGUAGCCCAUUUCCGUGUUCCAAAAAACCUAAAAAAAAUCACCCUCAUAUAGAGCGAAAGGUCUUAUAUCGAACCAAAAUAUCCCCUGCUGCAAUUCUUGAUUUACUCUGAGUCUGUUGCUGUGGCUGAAGAAAACAGGACACGUCUCCAUCCUCUCCAUGGCCACCUCUCAGGGAUUUGAAGACAUCGAGCUCUCGAGGACUAAUCUCACAACACAGUCGUUCAACCAAGAUAUGUCCAUCUUGCAGUCCGUUCAUCUCAAGCGAAAGAGAUAGCGCCAUUAUCGUUAAGGAAGCAGGCAGGAAAGGUAAAAUGAGGAUGGCAGAGAAGGAGCAUUACCUCAAGGCGCAGUAAGCACAUGAUAUCCAUGAAAGAGCCUCUUCAGCCGCAGCUCUGGUGAAAGGGCUGUUUGUCCAAAGGCAGAAGAGGGAGAUCCAGGGCACGGAUCUGGUUAAACAUUUUGCCCUCCAGAAAGGGAAAGGGCUUGAAGGGAAACUGAGGGAAGUUACCCAUGAAAGCGGUGCAAUGCUGAGAGACUGGGAGGAUCCACACUGUCAAAGGGCCGACAGUAGGCAGCAAGUAAUACAGUGUAUUUCCCCCAGCUCAGAGCUGGGAGCCAGCGGGAGCCCCCCGGCCUACAGAAAUAGAGGUUACGUCACCGCAGGGAACACGUGUGAGAUAGACCUGGGCCGUAUGUUCUUGUGCACACACAAUAAAUGGUGUUCGUUAGGAGCUGUUGUUGGAGUCCCUUUCCUCAUCCGCUGUCACAGUGCCCUGGAGGGAAACCCUUGCAGGGUCCAGGCCUGGUUGGAGUCCCUCCUUGUGAGUACCAUCAGGUCAUGUGCAAGCCAAGCCCUGUCUCACACCCGGUGGCUGAUGCAGCGGUGCGGCCAGACACGGCCGAGACGUGCAGGUGGGCAGACCCGGAGAACGUGACACGCAUCACAAUGGCCCCUUCUAGAACCGGCUCGUCGCCGUGCGGCUCUUGGAGACGCACACAGCAGGUCAACUGCUCCCGACCCGACACUGGUUGUUGUCAGGUCACACCCGUGUCCUUGUGAUCACCCUGACCGCAAGGCUACAGAAAACUGCAUAGCUUCUUAUCCCAGGAUACAACCAUGGGAUCCUUUGGAGACACAGGAAGGUAAAUCAAAUAGAGAUGUCAAUUCUCACUGUUAUACGCUCUUUUUGCCUCGCCGAAUUUGAGAGAUUCAGGUGUUACUUGAAGAAUGCAGUGCUCAGCAGAUCUUCACAAUGCGUGGUAAGGAAAUGAGUAGUGCGUGUGAUCAAACACUCCUGUCGCUGUCGACAGCAGCAUGUGAUGUUAAAUGUGAUAAUGCCAUCUCCGUGUAACGACUCUGUUUUCAUGGCGAGGGGAAGGGCAGGGAGCUGCACUGGAAAGAAGAUGGCCCAGCCAGGUGUCUGUGCAUAGCGGUGGAGUGAGCUCUGGAGCAGGGCCAGAAAAGAUCCCCCGAGGCCCGCAGACGACAAUGAAGCCUUACUUCAUUUUCAUUUCCCCUCUUUAUUCUAGGGAAGGAGAAGAUGCUAUUCAGGCUAACUUUGCCCUGGUUGAACACUGAGGAAAAGGGCUGAGGGCUCAACCCAACAAGAACAGUUUUUCUGUUGGCUUUUUUGGUAAUUGAACUGACCCCUAAAUUCUGCUUCCAGUUUCAUUGGUUGCCGUCCAUUGACUCUGGGGGAUUUACAUAAGCAAAACCUGAUUAUUAAAGUGUUUUGUGUUGGA